GGUCGCGUCCACACUGCCGCCUGCCCAGCUGGACUGCACCACGUGGGGCACAAGAUAGGGGUGUCCGGGCGCGACCAUCCGCGCUGCGGCGGUGGCGACUCCGAGCUGCCUCAGUCUGCAGUGGGCAGCAGUAGAGUCACGUCGUGCCUCAGAGUGGCGUUGGGCUCCUGGGCCCCGCGCGGUCCACCCCCGCGGCUUCAGACCAGACUGCUCGGAAGACCACCUGCCCCGCGCCGCAACCAUGAACUACCUGCGGCGCCGCCUGUCGGACAGCAACUUCAUGGCCAAUCUGCCAAAUGGGUACAUGACAGACCUGCAGCGCCCUCAGCCGCCCCCACCUCCUCCCUCUGCCCCCAGCCCCGGAGCCACUCCCGGGCCCGCGACUGCCACUGCUGAGAGGGCCUCCGUGGCCGCCCCCGUGGCCUCCCCAGCCGCCCCUAGCCCUAGCUCCUCGGGGGGCGGUGGCUUCUUCUCCUCUCUGUCCAAUGCGGUCAAGCAGACCACAGCAGCGGCCGCGGCCACCUUCAGCGAGCAGGUGGGCGGAGGAUCUGGGGGCGGAGGCCGCGGGGGCGCCGCCGCCAAGGUGCUGCUGGUCAUCGACGAGCCCCACACUGACUGGACAAAGUACUUCAAAGGGAAAAAGAUCCAUGGAGAAAUUGACAUUAAAGUAGAACAGGCUGAAUUUUCUGAUCUUAAUCUUGUGGCUCAUGCUAAUGGUGGAUUCUCUGUGGACAUGGAAGUUCUUCGGAAUGGGGUCAAAGUUGUGCGGUCUCUGAAGCCGGACUUUGUGCUGAUCCGACAGCACGCUUUCAGCAUGGCACGUAAUGGAGACUACCGCAGCUUGGUCAUCGGGCUGCAAUAUGCUGGAAUCCCCAGCGUUAACUCUUUACAUUCCGUCUACAACUUCUGUGACAAGCCCUGGGUGUUUGCCCAGAUGGUUCGACUGCACAAGAAACUAGGGAGAGAAGAGUUCCCUCUAAUUGAUCAGACCUACUACCCCAAUCACAAGGAGAUGCUCAGCAGCACAACAUACCCUGUGGUUGUAAAGAUGGGGCAUGCACACUCUGGGAUGGGCAAGGUCAAAGUAGAAAAUCAGCAUGACUUCCAGGAUAUUGCAAGUGUUGUGGCUCUGACAAAGACCUAUGCCACUGCAGAGCCCUUCAUAGAUGCCAAAUAUGAUGUGCGUGUCCAGAAGAUUGGGCAAAACUACAAAGCCUACAUGAGGACAUCAGUAUCAGGGAACUGGAAGACCAACACUGGCUCUGCAAUGCUAGAGCAGAUUGCAAUGUCUGAUAGGUACAAGCUGUGGGUUGAUACAUGCUCAGAGAUUUUUGGGGGACUGGACAUCUGUGCGGUGGAAGCACUACAUGGCAAGGAUGGAAGGGAUCACAUCAUUGAGGUGGUGGGCUCUUCCAUGCCACUGAUUGGUGACCACCAAGAUGAAGACAAGCAGCUCAUCGUAGAGCUGGUGGUCAACAAGAUGGCUCAGGCUUUACCCCGGCAGCGGCAGCAGCAGCGAGAUGCAUCCCCUGGCAGGGGCUCACUUAGCCAGACUCCGUCCCCAGGGGCCCUGCCCUUGGGCCGCCAGACCUCCCAACAGUCUGCAGGGCCCCCUGCUCAGCAGCGACCCCCACCACAGGGUGGCCCUCCACAGCCAGGUCCUGGCCCUCAACGCCAGGGACCCCUGUUGCAGCAGCGCCCGACCCCGCAGGGUCAGCAGCACCUUUCAGGCCUUGGACCCCCAGCUGGUAGCCCCCUGCCCCAACGCCUACCAAGUCCCACAUCAGCACCCCAGCAGCCUGCAGCUCAGGCCCAGCCAAUGACCCAGGGUCAAGGCCGCCAAUCCCGCCCAGUGGCUGGAGGACCUGGAGCACCUCCUGCAGCUCGUCCACCUGCCUCCCCAUCGCCUCAACGCCAGGCGGGCCCACCCCAGGCUACCCGCCAGACGUCAGUCUCUGGUCAGGCUCCGCCGAAGGCCUCAGGGGCGCCACCUGGUGGUCAGCAGCGUCAGGGCCCGCCUCAGAAGCCCCCAGGACCUGCUGGCCCCACACGCCAGGCCAGCCAGGCUGGUCCCAUGCCCCGCACUGGACCACCCACCACGCAGCAGCCACGACCUAGUGGUCCAGGCCCCGCUGGACGUCCUGCCAAGCCACAGCUGGCCCAGAAACCCAGCCAGGAUAUGCCGCCAACAGCCACAGCUGCUGCCGGGGGACCCCCGCACCCCCAGCUCAACAAAUCCCAGUCUCUGACCAAUGCCUUCAACCUUCCAGAGCCAGCCCCGCCCAGGCCCAGCCUUAGCCAAGAUGAGGUGAAAGCUGAGACCAUCCGCAGCCUGAGGAAGUCUUUCGCCAGCCUCUUCUCCGACUGACACCCAAUCCUGAAAGCCCCCCACCCCCAUCAUUGAGCAACCCUCUCUGGGCCUUGAAUCCAUUUCUCUCUUUUGGAAUCUCCAAUUCCCUCCAGAAACCCUUUACUCUCUCCUCAGAAUGUCCCUAGGGAAACCUCACACCUGGUCCUAAAUCCACAUCUCAUGUUUGGAACCCCUAAGUCUUUUAGAGCCACCUUGCUAAUCACCUCCAGACCAACUUCUCAGCUUUAGAACCUCCAAUUUCCCAAAACUUCUACUCCCAGUCCACAGAGUGUUUCUCUUCCUGGGAAUUCCCUAACACCAAUCAAGUGGCUCUAGCCACAUUAAUACUGUGUCCACUCCUGAAGUCCCUGGAAGCCCGUUACUGUGUCUCAUGCUCACCUGCUUGCCAUCAAAACUUCCCAAGUCCUUAUAAUCCCCACCUAUCUUUGAGCCCCUUUCUAGGAACCUCCCAUGUCUUUUGGAGACCCAGCUCUUCAAACAUCAUCAUCCUUUCCCACAAGGAUAUCUCUUCACACCCCCAACCUCAUUCAGCACAUUGGAAGCACCUUGCUAGGACCCUCUCAGUUCUCCCAGGGACCCCUAUCCCACUAUCCUGCCUUUGACAGGCAUCUUUAAAUAUGCAAACUCACCCACCCAUCCUCCCAGAAUCCUUUACACUUGGAAGGUCAGUGGCCCCCCCAACUCCCACCUUUGCUGUGAUGUCUGUGUCUGUGACUGACGUGGCCUCCUCUUGUGCCGUGCUUGGCAUAUGUGGUCCUCGUUCAUUGUGCUGCCUGUGGUGAUGUGUGUAGUGGCGCUGUUUGUGUGGUCUAUACCUCGCCUACCCUAACCUCUGCUCCUUGCCUGGACUCAACCCCACCCCGUAUUGGCUCUGAACCCCAUGAGAAGAGUCAGGAAACAAAAUAAACAAGCAAAGGCCCAGGAGAA